AUGGCGAAGGUUAAUUGGUACAUGUGGAAGUUAGCCAUCUUUGUGGCCAUUGGAACCUUCCUCUACGGCUACGACUCCGGCAUCGUCACCAUAACCAUCGCAAAGCCCAGCUGGAUCAACUACAUGGGCCGACCAUCACCGAACUACAUCGGCGCAGUGGCUUCAGUAUACUCUGCCGGCCAGGCACUCGGAUGCCUCUUCCAGGUCUUCGUAGGUGAUCACAUCUCACGGAUCCGGUUCCUGCAAGCCAUGGCAAUGCUAGAAGCGGCCGGAGUCAUCGUUCAGGCAGCCGCAACCAGUAUGCCAAUGUUCAUUGCGGGACGAGCUAUAGCUGGGUUUCCGACCGGCGCGUUGUACCUAACGACCACGAUAUACCUGGUCGAGAUCUCUCCGUCGCAGACUCGCGGUCUUGUUGCUGGAUGCGGUGGACUCUGUAUCGGGUUUGGCAUCAUGGUUUCCAGCUGGAUCGGGUACGGCGCGAGCCAUCUGCCAUACGGUACACUUCAAUGGCGAUUGCCAAUCGCUCUCCAGGCACUUUGGGCGGUGAUUCUGGUCGUAGGCUUAGCACUUCAUGUGCCAGAAUUGCCACGUUUCCUCAUGUUCAACGGCAGACUUGACGAAGCACGGGAUGUGUACUUCAAGCUCAGGCCAGAUUUGAGCGCUUACCGAGCAGAGAAGGAUGUCUCGUGGUUGCGGGCUCAAGUCGAGUUCGAGCGCACUCGUCAGCAGGAUCAGUCCAUUUCAGAGCUAUUUCGACUCCAUCGAAAGAGGAUCGGGGUUGCCUUUACUGCUGGUGUCAUCUCUAGUCUGACGGGAGCCCAGGUAAUUGGAUACUAUCAAAUCCAGCUGUACCAGCAGUUGGGGAUAGAGCUGAAACAUCGUCUGCUCCUGGCUGGUGUCUAUGGUACUGUGUGCUUUCUGGCGGUGAUGACCACGGACAACUUCGUGAUAGAUGUAUGGGGUCGACGGAACCUGAUCCUCUUCGGGCUUAUCGGAUGUGUACUGGCGCAGAUAUACAGCGCCAUCAUGCAUUGGCAGUUCGAGUUCACCACGAACCAGGUCGGCAAGGGCUUCGCGGUGGGUGGAAUCUAUCUGCUCACGGCGGUGCAUUACGCUGCAUUCGGCAGUACUGCAGGUAUCUACCAAGCAGAGGUGCUUCCUGUCGCGAUACGUAGCAAAAUGAUGGGCCUCACAGGAUUCGCAUCGUUCUGCAUCAUGACCGGACUCAGCGAGGCAGCGCCUGUUGCUUUCGUCACCAUCAGGCAAAACUUCUACUCCGUGUUCGUCGGUGCUACAACUGUUUGUCUAGUCAUCGCUGCCUUGUGGUUUCCUGAGACCAAGCACAAGAGGCUAGAGGAAAUUGCGGCCGUCUUUGAUGACACUGUCUUGACCGUACCGGAGUCAUGGCAAAAGGAGCUCGUGCGAGGAGAAGCACGUAGAAAGCGAAUCCUGAGCUGCUGCUCUGGUGGUGAUGUUGUUGUAUAG